AUGUUAUGGUUCGUUGAAACGUUUGGCCUCGAGUUGAUCCAAGGACUUUCAGGAACAAAAAAGUCGAUUAUGCGAUCGUGAGGACGGCCGUGGCUUUUUGGUUAGUUGAAAACGACAAAGCUUCUUUCAAAAAAAACCUUCUAGGGUCCCCAACAGAUCUUCCUUCUUUUUCCCUUUUGAAAUUUUUCACAUCCUUCAUGAAAAAAGAUGCGCAACCAGGGGAUCCAAAAAAGAAACUCUGAGGCUAUAAAAAGAGGCUGUGAAGCUUUUUUUUCCACCACUUUAGGAACUUUCAGCAAACCUUUUUCAGCUAGUUCUGAGAACCCUCAAGGUUUUUCCAUCUUACCUAUGACCUUUUCAGAAGAAGAAUAUUUUUUUUCUUAAGGUUCCUGGGCCUGUGCAACAACUAUGGUUACGUGAUAAUGUUGAGUGCAGCCGAAGACAUUCUCAGCACUCAGAAACACAAAGUCACCAAUCAGACGGCCACUGACACUUGCGAUGUUUUCUUUUUUUCAUUUUCCAUGGGGAAAACCAAAUUUCAGACUUUCAUUGACUCCAGGCAUUGCAAGCCGCCCACGGGAGAAGUUCUGCUUUCGGAUAAUUUGCCGAGUUUGAUCGUCAAGCUCACUUUUCCAUUUUUUAUGGAUCGCUUUCCAUUCGGGUAAGCGUAUCGCUCCAUUUAAAAUCACAUAAAAAUCUGUAACUUUUGUUCAAGAUUGUUAGGCGCGGACUUGUUCUGCGUCGUUUGGGUUUAGGCUGAGUUGGAAAAAAAAGAGCGUUAUGGUAGAAUUUUGCUUCGAUUUAUACUUGAGUCGGUUGCUAAAAUGAAUUCGCUUUCUUUUUUUCUUACUUUUUUGGGACUUCUGACUUUACCAAAAGGAAAAACUUGCAGUGCUCGCGUGGCGGUGGUCUGCGCCCUCCAGGCGACUUCCUACUUCGUCGUCGCCUAUUCUUCUUCGGUCGCCAUGUCGCUGGCAGGCGUCGUCUUCGUCAGCUUGGGCGGCGGUCUUGGCGAAAUCACCUUCCUCGCUCUUUCUGCUCACUAUCCGAAGUAGGCCUUCCAUUAGUUGGAUAUAUGGCAGAAUACUCGGACCUCGGCGACCUAAACUACACGCGCUCCGGACGUUUCUGAGUUCCUCUGAGUGUUUCUGUGAUUUCAAUUUUGGAGACCACUUCAAAGUUCGCUCUAGUGAGAUGAUUCAUUGCCCUCUAUUUUUUUUAUAGACCCGUAAAUGUAUUCAAAAACCUACCAUUUUAAGAGUGGCAAUAGCCGGCUGGUCUUCGGGGACCGGCGCCGCAGGACUCAUCGGCUCCUUUUCCUACGCCUUCCUCACCGAGCCGCACAUGGCCAAUCUCACGCCAAAGACGGCUCUUCUCAUUCAGCUUUUCAUUCCGGUUCUCUUCGUCAUUGCGUAGGUCCUUUGUCAAAGACAUCUUCGUCCAGUCUGAAAACCUCGAAGAUGAUAUUUUUGUGCUUAAAGGUGCUUAGGAAGAAAUUUUUCACACUUAUCUAUCUGCCGUUUUUUUAAUAAUGAAUUUUGAAAACUUCUACCUUAAUGACGGCCUAAAUCCAAUUAUUUAGAUUGAAAAAAGUUCCUAGCUUUUCAAGAAAGAAAAUUUAAGAACUCCUCUAUGUUGGUUAUCAUAACUUGAUUCUUAAGAGCCUAUGAACUUCGAGACCUGAUACUUAUUUCUCGUCUUGAUCUAAUCUAUCAAUUAAUAUCAUUUUUGACAUAUUCUGAGAUUUUCACCCCUUUUUUCAGAGCUACCAGUGUGUAAAAAAUGAAUUGACUAUUUUUUCAAUAGAGAUCAGUAGCCUAUUUCUUUCCAGAUACUACAUAAUGCUAGCAAAGCCGAACUCGGUCUACUCACCAGGUCUCAAUCCGCGGACUUGGAUCGUUCCGAAGGGCUAUGACAAAUUUAUAAAGGUAAUGAUGUCGUAAAAUAGGGUUUUAGUAGGAGGCGACAAAAUUUUUAGGAUUCUCAUCGAGUCCCACAGCGAGAGCUGGGCAUAACAGAUCGACUCAAGCUGAUUCCGGUGAGUCUCUUGGGCUCAAUAGACAGUUCCGGCUAUUAAUUCAGCCUAUGCUUCACUUGAUGAUACCUUUGGCCGUGGUCUACAUCGGAGAGUACCUCAUCAAUCAGGGAAUGGUCAGAAAUAAUUGAAUUUAUAUAUUUGAGAGAGGAACUUCAGACUCAAAUGAUAUUUUUUGACUGCUCUCACGGCUUCAGUCUCUCGCGGAAAAGUCAAUAUCGGUGGUAUCAGGUGACUUUUUUUUUUAUAAAACUAGAGCCAUGGAAUGGAAAUUUUCUCUUGGUCUACUAGCCUCGACAGUUAAUAAACGUGAUAACCAACAUUUUUCAGAUUUUUUUGAAGAUUUAUAUCAAAGAAUAGUAGAAAAACCUAUCUUCUGAAUUGUUUCAGGUUUUGUAUCAAUUCGGAGUUUUCACUUCGAGAUCUUCAAUCAGACUUUUCGAGUUGCCAAUGGCUGUUCUCUAUAUAUUGCCAAUUCUGCAGGUUCUCAUAAUAUUCAUCGAAAAAUCGAAAAUAGCUGAGUUCAGUUGUCCAACAUGGUCUUCUUCUUUUUCGAAGCUCUCUACUGGUUCGUCCCACACAUCGCCAUCAUCUUCGUUUUGAUCGUCUUCGAGGGACUUUUCGGCGGCGCAUCUUAUGUCAACACCUUCCACAAGAUCCAUCGAAUGGUACGUUUAAAUCAGUACGAGCUGACCGCAAGUUUUUGGAAGAAAAAGUUGUGGUAUCGUAAAGUUGUAUCCCUUCAAAGAUUUCUAGCUUUCAAUUUUUUCUAUUUAAUAUUUUUCAGGUUUUUCCAUUCAAAAAUUGCUUUUCUUCUGCAUCCCGGCAUCUAAAUCAAUAUAAUUGGGAUAAAAAUCUUUUGAUGAAUGUUUAUUUCGCUCACAGACAGAUCUGUGGCGUGGAGGAAGAGAACCAUGAAAGUUAUAUUUGCCUCCACUUCGAUAAAGUUCCACUUUAAUCUAAAAAAAUUUUAGGUCGAAAUCGAAGAGAAUCAAAAAGAAAAGUAAUCUAUAAACGAGUUGAAUCAUUUUGUGAAAUUUGCAGCUUCCUUAUCAAAAACCAAUUUUUCAAACAACUUUUAAAUCUUCUUUGGUCAUCCUCAAAAACCAUAACUCUGUUUAAGCCGUUCCAGUAUUUAUACACGCGUUGCGUAAUAAAGUUAUAGUGAACAUGAUGGAUUGGUGGUGGUUCGAGUUUAAGGCCGUUGCCUCUCAGUUGGUUUCUCUAUUUGAUAUCGUUUGUAAUUUGAAUGGAGAUGGACACCAAUAAUAGCCAUAUAUGAACUGAUGUGUAAUUAUGAUAUCUUUUUCGCAGACGCCUUGUCCAUAGAGUGUCUAGAGAAAGGGAUUUUUAGUCUUACAGCAUAGGUUUCUUUUUGGGAGAAGCCGUUUGGUGAAUUUUUCUUUUGAACCGAUUCUAGCCUGUUUAUGUCAGAUUGGGUUAGUGGAGAGAAUAGCUCCGAUCCAUACUCUAAAAUUGGUAGAAUUUUGGCUUUAUAACAGUUCAUAAAGUUUUUAACGGAAAAAGUGAAGCAACGGAAAAGAUUAUUGAUUAUACGAAUGCUUUUUUUGACUAUUAUGUCGAUAUGAUGAUGCAUUUUCAGAUCGGAACUGAAAUUAACUCCUAAAUCUCUAAUCACCUCUUGUUUGGGGAUGGAUUCCUCUCCUAUUCUAUAGUCGUUCCAGAUUCCCCUUCUUUUACCAUACCGCACAUAGACGCUUUUAGAGCUAGAAAUAGAUAGUUGCCUUUCUAAAAAGCCAGUAUCUUAUUGAGUUAAUAUCUGAUUGCAGCUUGAGGUUAUAAUUAUCAGUUUCUGAGCUUAUGAAUAAUUUUACAUCAUCUGCAUAAAUGAGCAUUUUUUGCUAUGUUUUACGACACUAGUUAUAUCAUUUAUGUAUAUCAAGAAAAAAACAACGGUCCUAAGCAGCUUCCUUGUGGAACCCCAGACAACACCUCGGUUUCGUUGGAUACCUCAUCAUUAAGGCGGACAAAUUGAGUUCUAUUUGUUAAGUACUGUGAAAACCAUUUGUGUAAGCGACCUACACACCCAUAAGCUUUUUAACAUUUUUAAUGAGCCUCCUAUGCGUGACUGAAUCGAAAGCUUUACUAAUAUCUAAAUAAACAACGUCCACAUUCUGAUUUCUACUGGCGCACUCGAUUAAAAACUUCUGUUUUUGAAGAAGUUGCGUCGUUGUAUUUCUAUUGUUGAGAAAGCCGUACUGUGAAUCAGAGAGUAUAUUGUUGCUCCAUAAGUGAUUUCUUAAAGCUCGGACAGUAGUAGAUUCGAAGACACGACAUGGAACGCAUGUUAGGCUCACAGGUCGGUAGUUUUCCGCUUUUUGAGGGCUAUUUUUUUUGAAAAUUGGUCUAACUAUUGAUUUCUUCCAAAGAGAAGGCAAUAUUGAGGUAUCCAAUGACUUCUGGAAUAUUAAUGAUAAAGGCAACGCUAGGGGAAGGGCAAGUUUUUUACAUAAAAUUGAUGAUAAGUUAUCUGGUCCGGAUGAGUAAAGAGGUUUUAAUUUUUUCAAUGCUUCAUAUACAACAUGAGGUUCUACGCUCACGUUGUCUAUAGUGAAUUGAGGUUUGAAAACUGGAUCGAAAGAUUUUUCAUCAUCAACUGUAUAAACGCUGCUGAAGUAAUCAUUAAAUACAUUUGCUUUGGCCCUGUCAUUUUGUGAUCAGUUCAUCGUUCAAAAAGUAAUGCAGAAGGCUCUUUGAUUACACGUGUUUUUUUGAUUUGACGUAAUUCCAGAAUUGUUUUUCUCGAAUUCGAUUUUUUUCAAGAAUGUUUUUUUCUUGAUUUAUUUUAUAUUCUUUUUAUGGAAUUCCGAUAAGAUCUCAUGCUGGCUUUGUAAAUUUUUUUAAAUUUUUUUCUCGGUACAAGACUUUUUUUAUAUUUUUAUAUAAUUCUUCUCAGUUUUUUUCUUUUUGAGCCUAAUGAGGUACGGAGGGAAUUUAAAAGGUUUUAUGAUUUUUUGUGGAACAAAUUCCGCUAUAAGUGGGUUGAGUAUGUCUAAAAAAAGUUGGUACAUAGCCUCCGGAGAACAACAAGUACUAAACCGAUAAUUCCAAUCUAUGUAUGACAACUUUAGUUCAAGAGCUUCGAAAUUUGCUUUUGCAUAGUCAUAAACCAAUUUUGAAGAAUUUUUGUUAAAACUAGAUUUUUCGAUGUUCAAAGUGCAUUCAACCGUGUUAUGGUCUGACAGGGGCUUUCCUAUAUCAACAGUACUGAUAAGGCUUUUGUCCGAUACGAAAACCAAGUCCAAAAUAUUGUCACCUCUUGUACAUUCUCUAACCUUCUGUGUAAGACCAUAAUCACAAACUAUUCUAAGAAAACUUUUUGAGAUUGAGUCGGUUGCACUCAAAUUGUUCCAGUUUAUGUUCGGAAAAUUGAAAUCUCCGGCAAUUAUGUGGCGUCCGUCUCCAAUUGAUUCGUAAAUAUGAAACAUAUAUGAUGAAAAUUCUGAUAUGAAAUGCGGAUUCCAACCGGGAGGCCUGUAUACAACUGACAAAUACCAGGAAUUUUUGCUAUUGAUGUUUGUAAUUUUGAUGGUAAUGGAUUCCAAUGGUUCGGAAAUGUUCUGAUGGACUUCGAAAUGUAUAUAGUUUUUUGGAUAAAGAAUGAGUAGACCACCACCUUUUUUAUGAUUGGGACGACAUAUGUAAACAGAAUUAUAAUGAUUGAAAUUCGUAAGAAGAUCUAAAUCAUCGUUUGAAUUUAACCAUGUCUCUGUAAAAAUGUAAAAAGGUUGAGCUGCUAAUUCCACAUUCUGUUUCUAACUCUAUUAACGAUUUCUUACUUUUUAACCCUCUUAGAUUCGACAUAUAAAGUUUGCUUUUUUAGUAGAACUCAUUGCGAAGACUGGCUGUUAUUAUUAUCUACGGGUUCAGAUCUUUCCUCCACCCCACCUGUCUUUGAAGGUACGUGAAGAGAUGCUGGGGCAUAGAGAGACUGGUUGUUGGUGGCGGCGAUGGCAAGGUCCCGAACGACGUAGCACUUCCGACCGACUUCUUGGUUCAUGAUGUGGCACUGUUGACGGAGGCGGCGGUCUUCUUUCAGUUCUUCUAUGCUGAGGUCGUCGCGGGCGAAUGUUCCAAACGUCGACUGUCCGAGGGCUUUCUUGAUCGGGAAAUAGCUUUUCCUUGAGGUCAAUUUCACUUUGAUGAUUCGCGUAGAACCGGCUCUUUUUGUGCCAUGACGGAAGACUUCGGCAAUGUGUGUUGGAUCGAUAUUGUUGGCUGAGAGGAUUUCACGAGCAGGGACAUAACACGGCGUUUUUUUGAUGACGCCACGCCCACUUUUUCUCCGUAAAGUGUAGUGUGUCGUGUGCAUGCACUGCGCCGCUUUCGCGCAGAAAAUUGCGUUUAUGUAGAGAAAUUUCGAUUUUUCUUAAAGACCUCUGGCAAUACGGCGGCCUGCGUCUUUAAUAUGCCCUGUUAUUUACGCUCUUAGAGCCGAAAUCUCUGCCGUUCAUAUGACGUCAUUUUGAUCAUGCUAGACUGUUUGUAGGAAAUCAUGAGUCCAGAAAAAGGUACUAAAAAGCAGAAAACUGAAAAAGUACUGAGAAGCUUAAUCAAAAAGCAAUGAGAUAAUGAAAAGGUGGCGCCGGACGUGCGAGAAUACUCGUUGUCGGCUGCGUCGAUGGGCGACAGCAUGGGCGUGAAUUUUGCCGCGGCCGUUUCCCUGCCUCUGCACCAUUGGAUGUGCCAGCAGCCCUUGCCUCAUCAUUAA